UGUUCCAGGCGGACAACCUAAGAGGUCCCCUCCCAUCCAAAUGAGGAGACACACAGGAAUGACAUGAAGUUGGUCUGUUGCUGUCCUGACCCAAGGACCAGGGGUUCCCUCGGCUCCCCAGAUUCCGCAGAAUCUCAGCUCCGUGCGCCUGGGAGCCAGGGCCAGGCUGCCAGAGGGGCCGUCCUCUAGCGGGAGGCUGCGAGCGGGACCGACGCCUCCUGGCUGGUGAGCCGAGAGUCCCCGCCGCUGCGCUCCCGCAGGGCCCGGCGCCUGCCCUCCCCGGAGCCGGCCGGGGCGGGAGUGGAAGCCGGAUCCCGCUCUUUCGUUUUCGUUUCCCGGAAGGAUAGCGAUUACCGGAGCGCUCUGAGACCUUCCUAGCCCGGGGAACCCGAGGGCACUUCUCGAAAGAGAUUUCCUCCUACGCGACCUUCCAGUUUUGGGGACCCAGUUAAGGGGCGAGGGAAGGAGGGGCUCAGCGCGCCGAGCAGCCGCGGCCAGGGAAGCGCUCACGACUCACCGCGCGAGCUCUCUCACCUCCACCUGUAAUGCAGGAGGGAUCACUGGCCAGCUCUUCCGUGAGGCCGGAGGCAGCCACACCACCCCCGGGCACCCAGGCCAGAUGUGAAGCUAGAAUGAACUUGCUGGGUGAAGGGGGAAUCUGCAAGCUACCAGGAAGACUCCUCCCUGUCCCUGUGGUUGCAGGCAUCCAGCCAGCACUCUGGAGCAGGGAGGAUGUGUUGUACUGGCUGCGCUGGGCUGAGCAGGAGUACUCUCUGCAGUGCUCUGGGGAGCAUGGGUUUGAGAUGAACGGCCGAGCCCUCUGCAUUCUCACCAAGGAUGACUUCCGGCUUCGUGCACCUGGUUCAGGUGAUGUCCUCUAUGAGCUGCUCCAGUACAUCAAGACCCAGAGGCAAGCCUUGGUGUGUGGACCCUUUUCUGGAGGGGCCUUCAGGCACAAGGUGUCCACUCAGUGCUGCCCCUGCCUCCUGGAAGAGGGAACUGGGCCACUUCCGUUGGCUCCCCGAAGCAAUGUCCUGCAGCAGCCAUCACACCUGGGGCUGGCCAGCAACUCAAGUCCCCUGGCCAAGUGGCCCCUCAGCAGGGAGGAGUCCCUCAACGUAUCACACUGUGCAGAGCUGGGCUGCAGGGCUAAGGCAGCCUGCUCCUUCCCCACCGUGCCACAGGCCCCCCUCGAUGGCAGGAUUGCUGACUGCCGGCUGCUGUGGGAUUAUGUGUACCAGCUGCUCUCUGACCCCAGGUAUGAGCCCUACAUCCGGUGGGAAGACAAGAAUGCCAAGAUCUUUAGAGUUGUGGAUCCAAACGGGCUUGCCAGACUCUGGGGAAACCAUAAGAACCGGGUGAACAUGACCUAUGAGAAGAUGUCUCGUGCCUUGCGCCACUACUAUAAGCUGAACAUCAUUAAGAAAGAACCCGGGCAGAAACUCCUAUUCAGAUUUCUGAAGACACCCAGCAAGGUCAGCCAGGACGAGGACAGCCGCCUGGAGCAGCCAGAGAGCCAGGAGCAGGACAGGAUGGAUUUCAAAGAGAAGAUGCUGGAAGUCUCUCCGUGAGGGUCAGGUGGAUUCUGGGCACCAAGCACUGAUGGACAGAAACUGAGUAUCCCUUGAUGGCAGCUAGCUGCCCGGUCGUCUCUGCCUUCCUCACAGAGCAGCAGGGAUCCCCAAUGGGUUUUGCACUCACAGGAUCAUCACCGUUGUCUCAGACCUCAAAGCUGCCUGGGCACCCAGAAGGCUGAGAACUGGGAGGUUUUACAUUCUGGACACUGUGGAGGACAUCAUUCUUGAGUAAGGCAGCCAUGGGGCUCAGUGGGGCGUGGGAGUGAACUCUCUCCCUGCCCUACCCCUUGCUACCUGCCCAGCUUGGGAGCGGUCGCUGGGCACUGAAAGAGUCUCCAACUCAGCUCCUUCAACUUACAGAAGAAGGUAGCAGAGGCCCCUCACCAAGCUUUAGCUCCUUCCUCUUUUGUAAGAGGGACCUGUCAGUCCUAGUAAUAAUAUCUAACAACACUAACUGACAUUGAAGUGACCCCUGUGUACCAGGCCUCUUACUAAGGGUCCUGCCCAUAUUUUAUCUCAUUCCAUUCACACACCAAACCCCCAAUGAUUAAAGAUGGGGAAACAGAGGCAAGGCUUGCAGAGCUGGGCUGUCUCUUCAGAACACAGCUCUGUUCCUUGGCUGGUCGGUUGGUGAUUCUGUGUGUCUCUGGGGCCUUUAGUGACUCUGGGGCCCUUCUCAAGCCAAGGCCAUGGCCCUGCCUCUCUGCCCUCGGCAUCUCUGGUGAAUGGUUCGCCUCCCUUGGCCCAACCUUCUUUCCUGUUUUCAGUCCUUUGGUGACGCUGUGACUCUGACCCAGCCGAGAGUGCCUCUGCCUCCUGAACCUGUCGUCUCCUACCCACACCUGCCACAUGACCUUGGGCAGGUUGUUGUCUCUCUCUGGAACUUCAGGCUUCUCUGUAAAAUGUAGAUGCUGUUCCCAACCUGACAUCACAGGAUUGCUAGAAAUCUCCGUAAGACAACAUUGGUGACGUGCUUAGCAUGUGCCUGCUCUGUAGGGACCACUUAGUCUGUGUUCACUAAAAACAUGCCACAAACUCAACUGCAUCUGUGUUCAGCUUCUCUUCUUUUCUCCCCAGCACCCCAGGAGUGGCUGGGGCCUUGCCAGAGGAUCAGAGCCUCUGCCCUGUAACCCUUCCAGUAAGGUUUGCGGGUGAAAGGGAGGGGGAUAUUUUUACUUCAUUGAAAACAGAACUUCUUGGAUUCACAUCUUCUUUCUCGGCAGGAGGAAACCUCUGCCUCCUGCCCCCAGCCCCCACCCUCUGGCAGGUCAGGAAAUCCCCAGCCUGGUAAGCCUGAGCAGAUUCUGAGUCACUGUGCAGAAGCUGAUAAGGAUUCCUGGACUUUGGCCCUCAGAGCUGCCACCACGCCUGUGCAGGGCUCCUGUCCUGGCUGAGCCCCAACCCAGGCCCUGGACAGUUCCACGCCAGAGUGGCCAGGCAGGUGGCCUGGGCGUAAAGGCUCACUAUGAAAAUCCUUGGUCUCUUUCCUCUCCCUUGAAACUGCUCCAUCUCCUUGACUUUGGUCCUGGGUGAAUCCUUGCCCCAUAGCUUUUCUCAGCAUCUCUAAUCCAGAACUCCACAACUAGACUGAGAAAGCCUUUCAAAAUCCACUUGUCCAGUAAGGACCUUAUUGAUAAGGCAACUGAGGCCAGAGAUGGGGAGGGACAGGCUCAAAGACAAACAGCCCAGCUCAGCCUGGCCGACUCCUCACGUUGCCUCAGAAGUCACUUUUUCCAGAUACGAUGUUGGCAUUUUUGAGGCAUUCAUUCGUGGUUGUCAACAGCAGUGUAUCCCCGGGGCUACAUCUUCACCCAGGGUGAUGAAACCCACCCAGCGCCGGACCCGUGGGGCCUGGGCUUGGGCAGAAUCUACCACCCCAAAGCCCGAAUGCCCGGUCAUCCCACUCAACCCCGGGGGAAGCCCACCCUUUCCCCAUCUCCCCAGGCCCAGGUCAGGGAUAUCCACCUGGGUGUCAGGAGUAAAAGGAUUCAUCCAGCCCUUCCUUGCACCAGCAUUAAUGGAGCACUUGCUGUCUACCUGGCACCAAGUGAGGCUCUGGGUUUACAACCAUUUUGGGCACCGAUUCCUGAAAAGUGAUGGGUCACUGAAAACAGGUCAAGAUGAACUUCCUCACAGAUCAUUUUUAAAAAGCAGGAGAUACAUUUUCAUGAUUUGAAAAAGUAGCCAGCCAUGUUUGUCUCUUAUUUUUUUUUUUUUGCCAAAUAAUAUUGAAGUCAAAAGUAAAUAAAUAAUUUAUUUAAAAACG